CGCCACCUCAGAAGACGAUAUAACUAACCUAAAAAUAUUUUGACACUGACAUAUCUACUUCAGGAUCUCGAUAUUUUCCAGGGCUUCUAGGGCUCAAAAGUAAUUAAUUAAAUCUAAAUCAGAUCCAUCCACAAUGUCCCUACUGAACAAGUUCGGAAAGAGGCACCUCCAAGUAGCGUCAGCAUGGCUUGGCUCAGCUGGAGUUUAUGGGGCUACGGCUGGUAUUGCCGUUUGCUACAUGACAGACUGGAAGGUCAUUGUACAAUAUCUUCCUUACUACAACGGAAAGUUCGCAUCCGAAGAAUAAAGUAUUUAUUUUUUGUACAUAGUCCAUUUUAGAUAAGGAAUAAAGUGGGAAACACCCCAGUGUGUUGUAUUAUUUCAUUAUUUUUUAAUAAUAAUCCCUAUUAUAUGAAAAUUAUUGUCAUUCUAUCAAGUAUAAUAUUAAAGUUUUUGGUGAUACAAAAAUCAUUAACAUUUUGACAGCGAUUUAAAUUUGACAGCUACUUUAACUUUAAGGUUAUGUUUACCGACAGUUAAAGAAAUGUAGUGUUUGAAAUCCAAGUAAAUAUGUUGCUGUUUUGACUAAUUUCAUAAUAGUUUUAAGUGCACUUCUAAUCAAAAUGAAGCACAGACAUGAAGUGAGCAUACUGCAACAUAUCUCAAACUUCCUUAGUGUUAUAACUAUUAUAAUAUGCUUUGUUCUCAAGAUUCCUCAAAUUUUAACUAUUUUACGGGUGAAGAGUACCAAAGGAAUUAAUACUAUUGCUCUAAUGAUGGAACUCACUAGUUACACAAUCAUGAUGUCAUACAACUAUCGCAAUGGAUAUGCCAUACUAAGCUAUCUCGAGUAUCCCAUUAUCCUUAUACAAGAAAUAAUACUCAUUUGUAUCGUGCUAUAUUACAAGGAUCUCCUCAACAUGACUAGUCUAAUCAUCUCAAUGCUCUAUGUUACCACACUAGUAUCGUUUUUGUCUGGUAUCACACCAUUAGGUCUUUUAGCUUUUUUAGUGCCACUCUGUACACCAAUUGGAGCUUCAUCAAAAGUUGUACAGCUGGUAGAGAUAUUAAAAACAAAGAAUUCUGAAUCAGUCAGUGUGUGGACAUGGUUUAUAUCAGCUUUUACAAAUUUCACAAGGGUUUUCACUAUCUGUGUCGAUUCAAUGGAUUUGACACUGCUGCUGAACUUCAGUGUCAAUACAGUACUGAGUUCAUUAGUCAUGAUAGCUGCCUAUCAUUAUAAACAUCCCAAAGGAGAUUAAAAAAAAUAUAAAUAGCUUGUAUCUGUAGACUUAACUAGAGCACAUGUGAUGUAGAUUUUAUUUUACCAUUAUUGGGUUGUUACCAAUUUGAAUAGAUUUAACCAGUGCCAGAAUAAUUUUAUAUGAACAAAUUCCUAUGAUCAAUUAUUAGUUUUGACUGUUUUUUUGUUACCAUAGUUAUUUUCCAAUAAAAUGUAUGGACUGUUA